AUGGCCGACGCGCGCCCUACCCAACGAACCACCCAUCGGCCUAACCGUCCCCACCAACCCACCACCCCGACCCCGAUCUUUUCCCCAACAGACCUAGGCGAACUCCUCCACGCCUACGGCGACAACCCGCCCUCCCUCCCCACCACCCUCACAACCCUCGACUCCAUCCUAACAGACUUCAUAACGGAAACCUGCCACUCCGCCGCCUUAUCGGCCUCUUAUUCCCGCCGGCAAAAAAUCAAAAUCGACGAUUUCAAAUUCUUGCUACGCCGGGAUGAAGGGUUACUUGGCAGGGUGUUGGAGCAGAUGUGGAAGGAGAGGGCGAUGAAGGAUGAGAGGAAGGGGGUGGAUUUGGAGGCUUUUGGGAGAGUGGAGGGGUUGGUGGGGGUGGUGGAGCAGGGGGGUGUUGUGGGGGAGUUGGUGAGGAGGAGAGGUGGUGGGGCUGGUGGGAGGAGGGGCAAGAGGAAGGGUGGGGAGGGUGGGGAUGGGGAGGGGCGCAAGGUUAAGAAGGCGAGGAGUGAGGAUUAG